AAUGACUUCUUCAGCGCAACUACGCCUCCCUUAUCUCUAGGGUUUUAGGGGUUUUGUUCCGACUCCAUGGCGUGCCGGACUUUCGUGUCGUUGCUGCGCUCCGUCCCUCUUUCCCCUCACGCGUCUCGGGCUCUCUCUCUCCCCGGCGCUUCUCCUUUACUCCGCCUCCGCCCCCUCGUUGCGGCCGCCCCCGUAGGCUUCUUGCUCCGCCGUAGUCCGGUGAGAUCCGGGUUCCGGUGCUUCUCUACUCGGCCCACGACAUCAUCUUUAAAUGAUCCGUCGCCGAACUGGAGCAAUCGCCCCCCUAAGGAGACUAUUCUCCUCGACGGCUGCGACUUUGAGCACUGGCUUGUUGUCAUGGAGCCACCCGAUCCCUCCCUCACUCGUGAUGAGAUUAUUGAUGGCUAUAUCAAGACCCUAGCCGAGGUCCUUGGCAGUGAAGAUGAAGCAAGAAUGUCAAUAUAUUCAGUGUCUACCAAGCAUUAUUUUGCUUUUGGUUGUAAGGUUUCUGAAGAAAUUUCAUAUAAGAUCAAGCCUUUGUCAAAAGUCCGCUGGGUUCUCCCUGAUUCAUAUUUGGAUGUAAAGAACAAAGAUUAUGGAGGAGAACCAUUCAUUGAUGGAAAAGCUGUUCCUUAUGAUCCAAAAUACCAUGAAGAAUGGGUCAGGAACAAUGCACGUGCUCAAGAGAGGUCUAGGCGUAAUGAUAGGCCUCGCAAUUUUGAUCGCUCAAGGAACUUUGAGAGGAGAAGAGAGAAUAUGCAGACUUUCCAAAAUAGAGAGGCUUCUCCAGUUCAAAAUCAGGAAUUCCAAAAUUUUUCGUCACAGAAUACUACACAACAAAGUUCCCAAGCUCCACCUGUGAGAGAUGGUGCCACUCCAAACUUCCAAAAUCAACAGCCUUUGAGAGAUGGCGCCACACCGAACUUCCAAAAUCAACCACCACCUAAUGCAAGUGCCACACUGAACUACCAAAAUGAAAUGCCACCUAAUACCACUUCGAUACCGAACUACCAAAAUCAAACACCACCUCAUUCAACUGCCUUACCUAACAAACAAGGUGGCUAUGUUCCUAACUAUCAAGGAGGUCCCCAACGAUAUCAGGGAGGACCAGGGGGUCCUGGUUACCAGGAUGCCCAAGGAUAUCAAAAUGGCUUUCCUAGGAGCAAUAUGCCUGGUAAUGGCUUUGGUAGUAAUGGAAGCAGCCCUGAUUAUCCAAGAGACAACCUUACUGGACCACCCACUGGAAGUAGCCCUGGCUAUCCAAGAGGCAAUCCUGCUGGACCACCCACUGCCUAUCAAGUUAAUCCUGGUGGUUAUCAAGGAGGCAGUUCUCCGAUGCCUCCCACUUAUCAAGGUGGUGGUAGUUCUGCUCGACCUGGGCCGGACAGUGGUUAUCAAGGAGGCAACCCUGGUGGUUACCAAGGAGGUAGUUCUAUGCCUACCAAUACUUAUCCUGGUGGCUACCAGGGAGGUGCUCCUGCAUAUCAAGGAGGCAACCCUGGUGGUCAUCAGGGCUUUAAUCAGCAGCCUUAUCAAGGGCAAGGUGUUACUUCAAGUUAUCAGCCUCCUAACUCUAGAUACCAAGGAGGCAACCAAAAUAAUCAAGGCGGAGAGGGUUAUCAAGGAGGAGCUCCUGUUUAUCCAGGAAGAGACUUGCCUGGUAGAGACUGAGACAUCGCUAUUUAUUAUGGUUUAUCCAGGAGGGCCUAAGCUUCUUGCUUUUAUUAUAUUUUCUGUGUAUUUCUAUAAUUUGGAUUUUUUAAUAUUUGCUUUGCCUUCAAUAUUUGAAACUGUGAACACCUAAGGCCAAGGUUCCCCAGUUAUUGCUUGUAUGUUUUAAGUCAAUGCUCCAUCAGUUAACGUCUUUC